UCCUCCCUUGUGGGUUCAGCAACAGCCUCCCUCCUCACCCACAUUCACGCACACACACUCAUGCUGACUACGCAGGCACCCAGCCCAUAUGUGACCGCCUCAGUUCAUCAGUUUGUUGCUGCAUGAGGCGACUGCAACUCUGGCUUCUUAUUAUUCUUCAUUUUUAAGUGUCCCCUCCAACAGAGUGUGAUGUGGAUGGGCUCCCCAGUGGUUACGGAUCAAGGGAGUCCAUCCUCAGGCCUGGUGAAAAGAAAGACUGGAAAAGAAGAAGGCGUGGUCGCGAUAACAGCUGCAAAGGCUGGGAUCCAGGCCACCCCAACGCAGACCCUGGCAGAGCAAAAUCGGGCCCCACAUUUGAAGUGACUGGAAGUGCAGCCAUGCGCUGCUCCACCCUGCUUGCCAUCCUCACAGGGGUGCUACUCUACUUGGUGCUGGGUGCCGUGGUGUUCCGCGCUUUGGAGGCGCCGUUAGAAGAGGGCAAGCACAAGCAGCUGCAGGGGACAUGUCAGGAAUUCCUGCUGAACUUCACCUGUGUUGGUCCUGACAACCUGCAAGCUCUCAUAGAGGAGGUAGCAGAAGCCAUCGGUGCAGGUGUGGAUCCGAGCAACAACGUCUCCUUUGUCAGCCAGUGGAGUCUGGCUAGUGCCUUUUUUUUCUCUGGGACAGUCAUCACGACUAUUGGUUUUGGAAACAUCUCUCCGAAGUCAGAAGGCGGUCAACUAUUUUGUAUUUUCUACGCCUUGGUUGGAAUUCCGUUCUUUGGUAUUCUUCUUGCUGGAGUUGGAGACCAUCUGGGGACCGGGUUGAGGAAAACGGUUGCCAAAAUAGAGAAACUCUUCCUGAAAUGGCGCAUCAGUCAAACCAUUGUGCGAGUGAUUUCUGCCAUCUUGUCCAUCCUGCUGGGCUGCCUGCUGUUUGUUGCAGUGCCAAUCCUGGUUUUCCAAAAGGUGGAAGGUUGGACACUGCUGGAGUCUGCAUACUUUGUCGUCAUCACCUUGACAACGGUGGGAUUUGGGGACUAUGUGGCAGGGGAUUCAGGGCUCGAAGGCAGCGACCACUGGUACAAGCCUUUGGUGUGGUUCUGGAUCCUGCUGGGCCUUGCCUACUUUGCAUCCAUUCUGUCAAUGAUAGGAAACUGGCUACGAGUUCUCUCGAAGAAGACCAGAGCUGAGAUGGAGGAACUGCGAGCCCAUGCCACAGACUGGAGCCAAAAUAUACAGAAUAUGGAUUUUCGAAUCUCUGGAAAAAUUGAUGAUCCCUUUAGACGGCGCCGGCGAAGGCGGCGCCAUCGCGCUCGCAGCCACGGUCAUGGUGCUUCAGCUCCCGGGGCUCCCGAGGGAGAAGAUCAGAAUGAGAGUGAAACGUAUUCAGAAUCUUACUCCUCUUAUACAUCCUCCUAUGAGUCAGAGUCUGGAACUGAAUCUGAAACCACUCAAUCCGAUCAGGUGCCCGAAGAAAAGAAGGACCCCCUCUUUUCUCAGCCUCUUGACUAUUUUGGGGAGAACCUAGCAUUCAUUGAUGAGUCAUCUGAUGCUCAGAGUGGUCAUUUACAUUUAGAUACUCAAUUGGAUUCAAAACCACCAAAUCCGAAACACGUCCAACCACACAAAAGAAAGCGUCACAGGAGGCCUGUCCCACAAGGAGGCCUCAAAAAUGAUCGAAUCAAACGAUCCAGUCUUGACAUGAAGGAGCACAACGGAACCCCACACCCAGUUCCAAAUAUACCGCCGAAGCCUCAAAUAUAAAACAAAGCAUCGAAAAAUAUGUUACUAGCACAAGAAAGGCCAUAACAAUAUAUCCCUGUUGUGGGACUAAUGAUGGGAUAUAUUAAGGCAAAAAGUGUGACCAAAACAACAAUUGGUUUGUUUGUAUUGCAUAAUACAGACAAAUGAAACUGAAGAGUUGAACAAGCUUUGGCCGCAUGUGGAUUGCAGAUGAUGCUCGUUUACUUUAGCACGUAUGCCUUAAUGUGAAAAUUGUGAAACGUCUCCAUGCCUUUGCUGUCGUUGCUGUCUGUGGAAUUGCUGCUCUCUGCUGGGCUGAGAGAGGAUCAACAGUUUCUAUAUAUAUGAUUUUUGUCAUUAUUUAUUUAUUAUGUAAUCAUUCCAAGCAAUGCAAAAAACAUUUU